AUGCGUUUCUAAAGUGCAUAAACGUUUGGGAUUGACUGUAUAGCCAAUACAUCCUUAAGUUUCGAAUUUCUGUUUUCAGUUUGUUAAAAUCGUUUGACGUUCAAAGUCGGUAAGAUUUUUAGUAUAAACCUGGGAUUCAGUAUAAAACUUCUUUCUUGAUCGUUUGAUUUUGCAAAAUUAAAGAGAUCUUUUUUUUUUCUCAACAUAUAGUCAAUACUGAGAGUCCUAUUUCACGUUUUUUAAUACAAAAAUGUUAGAGUUUGAAAUACUUUAAAGGUUCGAAUAAAGAAUUGUGAAAAUCGAGGAAAAUUGACCGAUAUCGAAUUUUCCUUUAGUUGACAAUACGAUAGUGGAAAAUUACUUAUAUAUUCCAUUUGUGCCUGGUACAAACAAAAGAACUAUUGCAUUUGAAUUUAAUUCGCUGUGACCAAUUGUGGCGACUUAAGGUCUUCGAGACUCAUUAUUUUCUUUUUGCUGCGGAACGAAAACAGACAAUUAUGCGAGCUGCAGCUCUCACGUUUGGGAACAGUGUUUGAUCUACGGAUUUGAACGAACUAAGACACGACACACCGUCACAUUGGUUUCCCCUCAAUUAGAAACUUUAAUUUUCAAUAAUGUAACGUUUCAGCGCGCGCUGUUCUUACUCCACAUUGUAAAUCGAACGAGGCAAGUGUUUCAUUUUACGUCGCGGAGAAGAGAAAUCCUCGUGUAAUUAUUACUUGCAUUUCGCGUGCAUCUAUUAAUUUAUUGCGUAUAUUCGGAAAUAUUUCCCUUCUAUUAAGAGUCGAGUCACUUAAUAUUGAAUUAAUAAUUCUCAAAUGUGAUAACGAAAAUUUGAUCAAACCGAGUAUAUUGAUCAAGUACUAGCUUCUUUACAAUGUAGUGUCUUCUCGCAAUAGUUUUUGGAUUCUUCUGUUCUAUUUUUGUUUUUGUUCUUCCUUUUUUACAAAAUAAUGUAUAGUAUAAAUAUCGAUGAUUCCAGUUUUAGUGGAAACGACGUAUAGACUUUUUAUGAGACGUGUAGAGGAUCAAGGAAAGUUGAUCUUUUUUCAUUGAUGAAAGAAAAAUACAUAUACAUAUAUGUGUAAGUGCAUAUUAUUUUACAUUCACUAACCACGGACACUAGGUAUGUUCGAGUAGAAUUAUUAUUUCUUUCCUAAGAAUGUGCCUUCUUCGAUCAUAAACGAGCAUACGAUGUAAUAAACAUUUUUAUAGUUGAUCGUAAAUACGUAAAUAGUUGAUUUCAAUGUAACCGAAUCAUUCUGCGAGGCACAUUGCUCCCGAACUGCAGAAAGAAAUGUAAUCUCGGAACAUAACUAGUCUCUCAUCAAAUGUUUACGAUGGUGCAAUUUUACUUGUUUUAUUGAUACGACGUAUGAGGUUCUUUUGGCUGGAAAUUAUUCGAAAUUCUGCUGAGCGUGUGGGAUUGUGUUUACCUGCGAUGCAAUUGGGUGUGUUACUCCUUAAUUUCUCCCACGAAACGAUUUCUUGCGUUUCCAUAGAGCAGAGGAAUAUACAUCACAGAUUUACGUAACAUGCAAUAUACGUAUUGAAACCUUCUUAAUUGGAGUACGAUUGGGACUAUGUUUAAGUUUAGAUCUAUAUUUAUACACGUUCGAAAAAUAUGUUACAAGCUUCACUAUUUAUUUUGUUACUGAUUUCAUAGACGAAAUCUCAAAAAUAAUGAUAGUUUAUCCUGAAAAACUUAAACUUCAGACUGUUUUAUUUAUGUGUGCAUUAUCCAUCGGUGAUCCACAUGUACGUAAACGGUGGGUACUUGAAAUUUAAUUUUUUCAGAAGUUAGAGGUGGUCGUUUGUACAAAUCCUUUCCUUAUGUCGAAGUUAAUUUGCUAUGUACAUCGUUAUGUUUCGACACACGAUUGGCGAUGAUUCAUUGAAGAAAGUCUGUGUGACAAUAUUGCAGAAAGGGGCCAUCAGUCUUCUAAUUUGUUCUCUUUGAUACAUAGAAAGAAAUGAUAGUUUUUACAUGAAGCUGUGGCAAAGACUUGAAUCAAGAGACUUCGAAUCGAUUUUACAAUUCCGACAAACGCAUUUUAGUCUAAUAGAAAUGUUCCUUUCUGUAAACGGACACCGUCUUCACAGCCCGUGUGUGUUCAACGCAUUGCGAGACAUUGAUUUUCUCAUUUAAAUUACUUUCGUAUGAUUAAACUGAUUUGUUUCCAUGGAAGACCGCGUGUCUUAAAUAUUUUUCAUGUUCAAAUGAAUCCGUUUCCUUUGUCGAAUGUUGCUGUUCAUUUUCAUUUUCUGUUUGAUCUUUUUUAUUCGUAGAGUACGACUCGUUAGUAAAUAUAGAGAGUUAAAAGCGAAGAGGGCUGUGUACACUGGGAAGUAAUAAGCGCAACAAUGAUGUUUGUGCAAGCUUCGGAUUAAUUGCAUGUUAAACAUGUCACUAUAUGUAUAAAUAAUACAUACGUACCUAUGUUAAUGGUAUGGAGCCACAUACAAUCUAUAUUAACGUUCUUUGUUUGAACAUUAAUGAAACAAUAAUAAUUAUAUACAUAUCGGUAUAUAAUGCGUAUAGUCAGCGAGCACUCGGCACUUAUAGCAGUACUAAUAGUACUUUUGUGACACUUAUGUUAAAUUAAUUCCCGAUUGUAAGAUUUUGUUACGUUAGCAACGGACGUAAUAAGCAAUGCACGUGUGCAACGUUUCUGGUUUAUUACAGAUGUAAAACUCAUUUUAGUGAGAUAAAUCAAAAUUGAUGAAUAUAUUUGUUUAUGUGAAAGAUACGCCUAAAUAGUAUUCGCAUAUUUGCAUUGCCUAUUGCGUUCGAUCCAACUGUUAGUCAGGCAUUUUUAAUGUAUUUUUCUAAAAUAAAUAACUAUGCAAAAACCGUAUUACGAUAUGCAGCAUAUGUAUAUUCGCAAUAAUAAUUAUUACCCCGAUUUCAUGCAAUAUAUAUAGAAGAACGCAUUGUAUUAUGUGUAUAUGAUUUGUACUUUCAUGAGAAGCACGCGAGCACAAAAUAGAAUAAAAUUUCAGUCGGUUGAGAACAAUUGUUUUAAUCGUUCUUUGUGAGAUACACGUUAGCUAUCGACGCUAAAAAUGUUUCCGAUAAAAGUUGUAGCUCUAGUUGUCAGCUACAAAUAAGAUCGUAUGCAAUUUUCCCGUAGGUCCAACGGUUUAGGAGUAUUCGAGCAAAAACUAUAAGUAUUUCUUUUCAAAAGUUUUGGGCGGUGAGAUAUGCCUCGUAUUCGAAUGAGAUCGUUUGUAUCAAUGAAAAAGCUCCGGUAGAUGACGCCACGGUUCACUAUCGAGCGUGAACAGGAUCGUUCCAGCAGUGCUGGACUUAUUGUUAGUUACUCAUAAACUGCUCGUAGUAGUAGCAGCAAGUAGUACUCGUGUUGCCGCUGUGGCCAGUUUUUCUCGUGGUGCGAACGUGGAGAAAACUGCUGCGCGGUACCAUCCACGUUGGGAAUAUAGGACUCUGGUCCGUGUAUAUAUAUUGAACGGGCGUGGAGAUACAAAACCGUUUCGCAACGUUCGGCUUUCCAUCGGUUGUCAGUGCGACGGACAAGUUCCGCGUCGGUGGAAAGUGCGCGAACGGUCGUUGGAAAAUCGAUGUCCGCCGUUAAGUCACCACGUGUGUGCAAUUAUGUAUUCCCUCGUAGACGUGUGUGAAGAUCGGAACGUAGCGCACAACAGUAGUCCGAGCGAGGGUCAGCAAGUGGUUCGUGUUAGCGUGUUCGAAAAAUAAGUAAUAGAACGCGUAAGCCUGAGGAAUUUUGCUCGGUAUUGUAUAUAUAAGGAAGUGACAUAGGAAAUAUAAUGCCGGACGGGCGAGGAAACGCGAUGCAUGGCGUAAUGCCGCCGCACUACUUGCACGAGUUGCCGGCUGAAGACGAGGAGAGGCUCGAGAAGAUAUUCGAGAAAUUGGAUUUGGACGGCAACGGAAAGAUCGACGUGAAGGAUCUGUCGAAGGCCCUGCGGGAAGUCGGAGUCGAUAAAUAUUACGCAGAGAGAUUUUUGGCAAGAUCGGAUAGCACUAAGAGCGGCGAUAUUACGUUAGCGGAGUUUAUACACUAUGUCCGCGAACAUGAAAAAAAUCUGCGUCUGCAAUUCACUCAUCUUGACAAGAACAAGGAUGGUAAAAUCGACCUGGAAGAGUUGAUAAAAGCGUUUGAAGAAUUGGGAAUAAAAAUGGACUACAACGAGGCGAAGAAGUUGUUGCAACGAAUGGAUAAGGACGGGAGCCUUACUAUAAGCUUUAACGAAUGGCGGGACUUUUUACUGUACGCGCCGAGUUCCGAUCUUCUGGGUUUGAUCGAAUACUGGCAUCAUACGAACUAUAUGGACAUUGGGGAGGACAUCGGUGUCCCGGAGGAUUUCACAACCAGCGAAAUGGUCUCUGGAAUGUGGUGGCGGCAUUUGGUGUCUGGUGGCGUAGCCGGAGCUGUGUCGCGCACGUGUACCGCUCCUUUGGAUCGCAUCAAGGUCUAUCUACAGGUGCAUGGAUCGCGACACUGCAAAAUCACGAGUUGCUUCAGGUACAUGCUCCGCGAGGGUGGCACGACGAGCCUUUGGAGAGGAAACGGUAUAAACGUACUUAAAAUCGGGCCGGAGAGCGCGCUCAAAUUUAUGGCCUAUGAGCAGAUUAAGAGGACUAUUAAAGGAGACGAUGUUAGAGAACUUGGACUCAACGAACGAUUAAUGGCAGGUUCUUUAGCUGGCGGAAUCAGUCAGUCGGCCAUAUAUCCGCUUGAGGUGCUUAAAACUAGAUUCGCGCUUAGAAAAACGGGAGAGUUCUCGGGUCUAAUCAAUGCAACGAAGAAGAUAUACAAACAGGGAGGUCUCAAGUCCUUUUAUAAAGGCUACGUACCCAAUUUAAUUGGGAUUAUUCCGUACGCUGGUAUCGACCUGGCCGUAUACGAAACUUUGAAAAAUAGGUAUUUACGGACGCAUGAUAAAAACGAACAACCACCGUUCUGGAUAUUAUUGUUGUGCGGAACAACUUCUAGCACAGCCGGUCAAGUGUGUUCAUAUCCAUUAGCGCUAGUCAGAACACGGUUACAGGCCAAUGUGUCGCCAGAUAAGCCUAACACUAUGAUCGGCGUUUUUAAAGAUAUUAUAAAGAACGAAGGAAUUCGUGGAUUGUAUCGAGGUUUAACGCCAAACUUUUUAAAGGUGGCACCGGCUGUUUCGAUUAGUUACAUAGUAUACGAGAACUUCAGAGAACUCCUGGGUGUUAAUAUGACGUGAUGAUUAUUUAUUUUAGGUGAUAUUAAUUUAACUAAAUUAUUUUUUAACUGCAACCAUAAGGUAUACAACAAAGCCGGCCAGUCGUUGGCUAGUGUAAUGAGCAAUUCGGCAGAUCAUGCCCUUCGUUGAAUGUAAUAACGUCGCUUAUUUAUUGUUAACUCGAAGCUUCCACGAUUAUUUAAACAUUCGCCAUUAUACUUUCCGGGUGUAUCAUACUAUCGAUUGCUACGAGCGCACGUUUAUAAAAAAGAUUUCAAGGAAGAAAGUGGGAACGUAACGAAGAUGAAAUGGGAUUUGAAUGGAAUUUACACACCUCGUGUAUACCUAUUAAUUAACUCAAUUCGUAUUCGCUGUUAUGUUUUACACUUACACUCCACACGGAACGUGAAUCAGGAGAUGUACAUCCAUAAUUUCGAAAUAGAAAUGAUAGUACAAAAAUCUUUAGAAGAGGAAUGAUAAAAGUAUUACGACUUGUGACUUCAUUUUGAUCGAUUUUUUUACGAGGACAGAAGAGAAUGGUGUAGCCAGAGUACGUAGAAUUGUAAUAACUAGAAGAAACGGGUUCUUCGUACGUUUUGCAAGAUUACCAGGUAAUAUGAAUUGUAAUUUUAUGAAAAAGAUAAAUGUAAAUGAAUGUAUUACUUAAAAAUACAUUACACAAUGUUACAAACUCUGAAAA